AUGGCUGAAGCAAAAUGCUUUAUAUUACAUUCUUCACAGUAGUUCCCGUGCAAUUCUGCCACUGCUGCCACAACGCGUGUGGUGGCACGCCCCAGCCAGGGGAAGGCUCUUCCCCCGGACAAGGCUCUCUCUGACCUGCCGGCGGGAUUUUUAGCAUUAGAAGGAGGCGAGUUCCGCGAAGGAGCCGCGGAGCUUGAGUUUGCUGGCCAAGUUGGCAACGUAGCCCCUCCGAGGUGUGCAGGGUGCCCGUGCUCCAAGCAGGCCAUCUCCUCGCUCUGCCGGUGAGGGAUGCCUUUGCCUUUCCCAGACCCAGAGAACGUCUUUCUCGCCCCCGGCGGAAUCUUUCUCCGGGGGUCUCCAAGCUGACCCUUCCCCCCCGGGGCAGGGCCAUGAGGUGAGCGUCCCCCGCCUGCCAGGGCCCCGCCGCGGGGGCAGCAAUGGGCUGGCACAGGCGCCCCCCGCCCUCCCGAGGGGCCGGGGGGGGCCGGGGCGGGCCGGGGGCGGUGCUCGGGGCAGGGGCGGUGCCCCAGGGGCCCGGUGACGCGCGGAGGCCGGGCUCUGACGUCACAGAGCCCUGCCGGGCCCCGCCCGGCGCUGGAGGGCUGUGCCGCGGGCACCGCUUCAGCAGUGCCGGCAGCGGCAGCGGCGCGGGGCAGGCGCAGGGGGCCAUGGCCCCCACCCGCCUCCUCCUCCUCGUCCUGGUGGCCCUGCAAGCCCGGCGUGUCAGCGGUGCGCGGUGGCGAGCGCGGGGAUUAGGCGUGCGGGCAGCUGUGCCCGUAGCCAGUGGCCACCCGAAUUCUCCGCCGGAUCUUCUCUGGGAGCCUCAGGGCGAUCCCACAGACGUGGCUGGAGGCGAUGGCUACCCAGCUUCCCAGCCGGCUUCCAGGGCUGACGCUCAGGGAGAUCGCGUGGAUGUGGGUGCAGGGAGGGCUCUUCCCGCUUCUCGGCUGGAUCUUGCGCUGGAGCUCACCUGGCAUCGCAGGGGUCCUCCGAGAGCCAAGUACAGAGCGGAAAUGGAAAAAUCUUCCCCGCGGUCAUCAGAAGUCCUAGAGGGAGUCCUGAAGGAACUGGACAAAGCAGCACAUGAGACGGACCAAGAGACUGUGGAGAACGAGGCGUUUCAGGGAGGACGCAGUCAGGCAGUGAGAGUGUCUGAUGCAAAAACGGGGGCAAUUCAGUCAACAGGCCUCCCAGUUCUGUCCAAGCCCGGGAACGCCCACCGCGCCAGGAUAUAUGGAUUUUUUCGAAGCAGUCCAGUUCUGUCCAAGCCUGGGAACGCCCACCGCGCCAGGAUAUAUGAAGUUUUUCGAAGCAGUCCAGGUACUGAGCCGUCUGGCAGGGGGCCAUAA